AUGGCCUUUGAGAGGGACCGACUCCUGGCCCAGGAGGUGGUGACGUUCAAGGAUGUGGCUGUGGACUUCACAUGGGAGGAGUGGCGCCUUUUGUCACCUUCCCAGAAGGAGCUGUACAAGGAAGUGAUGCUGGAAAAUGCCCGGAACCUGCUCUCUGUGGGGCUUCCAGUUCUCCCAGAAGACGUGAUCUCUUAUUUGGAACAGAAGGAUGCCCCAUGGAUGCUGGAGCAGAAAGGCCUGAGGAGCUGUUGCCCAGAUGGAGAGAUCAGACCUGAAAGGAAGGCGAAUCUAACAGAGGUGAGCCUUCCUGUGGAAGAAAUGGACCUACACAGAUUCAUCUGUGAUGGUCCUGAUAACUUUGUUUUCACAGAAUUCUGUGUUGCACCUCAAAAUUCAUCUCUUAUUGAAUAUCAAAGAAUGCACCCUGAGGAAAAAUCUAGUGAAAGUAAUCAAUGUGGAAAGACUUUUAUACACAGAGCCAGUCUUGCUGGACAUCAGAGAAUACACUCUUGUGAGAGAUCUUAUGAAUGCAAUCAGUGUGAAAAUACAUUCAGUCAGAGAUCCAGUCUUGCUGUACAUCAGAGAAUCCACACUAGAGAGGAACAUUAUGAAUGCAAGCAGUAUGGAAAUACAUUGAAUUGGAGUUCCCAUCUUGCUGUAUAUCAGAGAAUGCACACUGGUGAGAAACCUUAUGAAUGCAACCAGUGUGGAAAGACAUUCAGUCGGAGUGACCAUCUUGCGGUACAUCAGAGAAUCCACACUGGGGAGAAGCCUUAUGAAUGCAAUCAGUGUGGAAAGUCAUUCACAGGUAACUCCAGUCUUAUUCUACAUCAGAGAAUCCACACUGGGGAGAAACCUUAUGAAUGUAACCAGUGUGGAAAGACAUUCAGUCGGAGUGACCAUCUUACUCUACAUCAGAGAAUCCACACUGGUGAGAAACCUUAUGAAUGCAACCAGUGUGGAAAGUCAUUCACAGGUAACUCCAGUCUUGUUCUACAUCAGAGAAUCCACACUGGGGAGAAACCUUAUGAAUGCAACCAGUGUGGAAAGUCAUUCAGACUGAGGUCGCAUCUUGCCAACCAUCAGAGAACACACACUGGUGAGAAACCCUAUGAAUGCAGUCAGUGUGGAAAGUCAUUCAAAGGUAACUCCAGUCUUGUUCUGCAUCAGAGAAUCCACACUGGUGAGAAACCUUAUGAAUGCAAUCAGUGUGGAAAGUCAUUCACAGUUAAAUCCAAUCUUGUUCUACAUCAGAGAAUCCACACUGGGGAGAAACCUUAUGAAUGCAACCAGUGUGGAAAGUCAUUCACAGUUAAAUCCAGUCUUGUUCUACAUCAGAGAAUCCACACUGGUGAGAAACCUUAUGAAUGCAACCAGUGUCAAAAGACAUUUAGUCGGAGUGACUAUCUUACUGUACAUCAGAGAAUCCACACUGGGGAGAAACCUUAUGAAUGCAACCAGUGUCGAAAGACAUUCAGACUGAGGUCGCAUCUUGCCAACCAUCAGAGAACACACACUGGGGAGAAACCUUAUGAAUGCAAUCAGUGUGGAAAGUCAUUCACAGGUAACUCCAGUCUUGUUCUACAUCAGAGAAUCCACACUGGUGAGAAACCCUAUGAAUGCAAACAAUGUGGAAAGUCAUUCAGUCAGAGCUCCCAUCUCGCUGUACAUCAGAGAAUUCACACUGGUGAGAAAACUUAUGAAUGCAAGCAAUGUGGAAAGACAUUUAGUCGGAGUGACUAUCUUGCUGUACAUCAGAGAAUCCACACGGGGGAGGAACCUUAA